ACCGGAGUCUCAGUACAUCACUGUUUGCCCGCAGGCUGUGUUGCUCGCGCGGCGGCGGCGGGAUCUCGCGUGCGCAUUGGAACCGGAGCGGAUAUUUUGGAUACAGCGGCGCCGCGCUCUCUCUCCGUACAGAUGUAAGGUGCUGUUCUGUUCCAGCCUCUUCUCUCUACUCUCUGCGGCUCCGGUUCAGGUCCCGGUUCGGUCGGUGGUGCGGAGCGGAGAUGGCGCUGGCCGCGCUGGCUGUAGUGGCGCUGUGGGCGCUGCUGUCGGUGUGUGACGUGAGUGCUAAUGAGGACUGCUUGUGGUAUGUGGAUAAAAAUGGCACCUGGCACAAUGGCUUUGACUGCCAACUCAUCUCCUUCUGCUGUGGGACCUGCGCCCGGCGCUACUGCUGCCUUAACCCCGCAAAGAUGAUCACAGAGUCAGUACAGAAGCGCUGCAUGCUCCUCCGCCUCAGCCCGUCCACCAUUGCUGGAAUCGCUUCCUCUAUCCUGCUUUUUGUGGCGGCCAUUGCCACCAUGGUCUGCUGCUUCAUGUGCUCCUGCUGCUACCUGUACCAGCGCCACCAGCAGCGGGGCCGAUCAUCUUACGAAGCUCAGCACAUUCCGAUGGCCAGCUACCCUGUGGAACCCAUGUAUGACGUUUAUGGAAAACCCAUCCGAAACCCGGAGAACCCUGGAUAUCCGAUGGCUCCACAGUACCCUGGUGUGCCCCCGCAGUACCCCAUGAUGGCACCGGGGCCAUACCCUCCAUAUACUCCUGCUGACCCGGGUUUCAAUUUUGGAGCUCCUCCACCAUAUUCCCCCCCGCAGUAUCCGGGCCACUGAGGGGUUGGCCUGUAACGGAUCAGAGCUCAGACUGGCAUGAGAGACUCUCCUCGAGUCAUUAAACUGACCUGACAGAUCGUCUUCAGAAUCUCUUUAUUUAUUUCCUAUUUAUUUCUGUUUUUUUCUCUGGAGUGCAGCAUGAACGGGCCGGGUCCGCCUGAUGGAGUGAGUCCAGGAGUGAGUACCGGGGUGAACACACACUCAUCUCACGAGUCGCUGAGACAUUUUACACUCUCUCUGAAGCACAAUGACUCCCCCUCCCCUUCCCACUCCACGUCACAGAGCUGACCUUAGUCCGUCCAGAAUUUUACUGCUACCAUCCUCCUGCGUCAUCAUACACGCCCGCUAAACCUCCUUCAGAGGCUCUGGUGUUGGUACCCGUGGGGUGACGGACUGGUUGCUUCUGUUUCUGCUGCCACAGGAUCCAUUUCACUUGUCUGUUUAAAACUCAUAAUCCAUAGAUCAUAAAGCAUGUUAUCUGCAACAGUACAGACUGGAAUGUUCUACAUAUAAUAAAAAGUACAUAUAAUAAAACACACUACCCGUCUUAUUAGAGUAAAAAAAAAAAAAAAAAACACUAGGCAACGUUAGAUUUGUCUGUUUUUGACCACAAAGGUAAAUUAGAGUUAGAUUUUUCUUUAUCUUUGUUGAAUUUAGUGCCCUAUGAUAUCCAUUCCAAUUUUCCCCAAAAAAUGUUGUCUGUUAUUAUUUAUUUAUACAAAAUAGUCUUUAUAUCUGAAGUCUGUUUUAUUUUCCCCACAUUCCAUUUUUGUGUUUAUAGUUUUUGUUUCCAGAUGUUUUUUUCUGCAUUCCAAUUUUUAGUUUGACACACAUUUUAGUGUUUUUUCCCAGACUAUUCACCCAUUCCAAAAUGUAGAAUUUUAUCUCACAUUAUUGUCUUUUAUAUCUGAAGUCUGAUAGAAUAUUUCCCCACAUUCCAUUUUUUUUUUUGUCAAUUUAGUUUUUUUUUUUUUUUGCAUUACAAUUUUUGAUUUGUUUUUCACAGAGUUGUAUCUUCAUAUCUAAAAUAUAUAGUGUGUUUUUUUUUUUUUUUUUUUU